AGAGUUAGAACGCAGUUAGAAAUUUAUUUAUGUCUUUUUUCUUCCAAAUAAAUAUAAUUUUUUAAUCAGUUUUACUUUCUAACCACGAAUUGUAUUUACAAUAUGAUAACUCGGUGAUGUAACAAAAUUUUAAAAGGUUUUUGAAUGUGUGGCUAAAUAUAUCAGCUGAUAAAUAAUAAUAACCACUUGUGAGUUUUUUUUUAUUUUUGUGUAAAUUAAUAUGAUGAUAAAGAAUCAAAUUUUCUAAAAUGAAAAAAAUAUUCUGGUUUAUAAAAUAAAUCAAUGAGUGGAACGAAACCAAAAAAAAAAAAAAUGAAGAUUUAUAAAUUCAAAUAAUGCGGCACUGAUUUAUUAAUUAUCAAUAUUAGUUAAUUGUUAAAAUAGAAUUUAAAAAAUGAAAAUAUCCAUGUCUACCAUCGCUUUUCUUAGUUUCAUCUUAAUGCUUUCCAUUUUCGUUGCCAAAAUAACUAAUUUGAUUGCUACGGAUGUGGAAUCGAAUGUAGAUACAGUUAAACCAAAAUAUUAUGAUAUUGAUGAUUCUCCAGAUCAUCUCAUGUGGUUUUUACAGAUCUCAGAUAUUCAUAUAAGUAUUUUUAAAGAUUACUCAAGAAUAACGGAAUUUAAAGAAUUUUGUGAUAUUACUGUUAAAACAAUAAAACCUGUAGUUGUAUUAGCAUCAGGUGAUUUAACUGAUGCCAAAACUAAAGAUGCCAUGGGCUCUAAGCAAAGCUUAGAAGAAUGGCAACACUAUGAAAGAGUACUUAAAGAGACAGCUGUUACAAAAAAAACUACUUGGCUGGAUACUCGAGGCAAUCAUGAUAAUUUUAACAUUAUAUCAAUUAAUUCUCCAGAAAAUUACUACAAAAAUUACUCAGUACAAGGAAAAAAACACCCACGUUCGUAUCUACAUCAAAUAUCAACAAGCAAUGAGAAAUUUUCUUUCAUUGCAAUAGAUGCGUGUCUUGAGCCGGGACCAAGACGUCCAUUUAAUUUUAUCGGAUUUCUGGAUCAUCAAGAAAUAAAUAAUAUUAAAAAACUUGCUCAAGAGUCUCGACGUUUAAAUAGCGAUUAUAUUAUUUGGUUUGGACAUUAUCCUACGUCUUCUAUUUUAACCAACGAUACAAAGAGUGUUAGAAAUAUUAUGGGUGACUAUAGAGAAGGGAUGGUCUACCUUUGUGGACAUUAUCAUACUCUUGGAGGUACAUUACCUGAAAUGUAUACUAUUCAACAUGCAGGAUUUUUAGAAUUAGAAUUGGGAGAUUGGAAAGACAAUCGUAUGUACCGAGUUGCUGCAAUAGAUCAUGGACAAUUUUCAUUCAUUGAUGCCAAACAUGGUGAUUGGCCUGUAAUACUGAUAACAAAUCCUAAACAUGCUCUUUAUAAAAUGCCGACUAAAGAAAAUUUGGAUUCUAUUAUUAAAUCUACACACAUAAGAGUUUUGGCAUUUUCUACAGCACCAAUUAAAACAGUUAAAGUAAAAAUAAAUAAUGAAGCCUGGAUUUAUUGUGAUCAUAUUAAAGGACCGCUUUACACUGCUAAGUGGAAUGCAACUUUGUAUAAAAAUGGAUUACAAGUUAUACACGCUCAGGUUGUAGAUGAAUAUGGCAAAGAAAAAGAAAUAAUGCAACCUUUCGCUUUAGAUAAAACUCGUUUAUCAUUUAAAGUUCUAUCUAGAUUUAUUCUUAUGUCUAAUGCAACUACAGUCUUUGAAGUUUCAUACAUCAUAAUGGUCUUGCUGAAUAUUAUCCCUUUGUGUGUUUUCCGUCUUUGUCACAAGCUCUGUGAAUUAAAAAAAAUAAAAAGACCUCGAAUUAGAAUAAAAAUAAUAAAAUGGUUUGUCAAAAAAUUCUGGAUUCUGUCAACAGUUGAUCGAUUAUUUUAUCCUUUAAUUUUUUAUGCAGUUUACUUAACAGUUGGACCUUGGGCUAUUGGAGAAAUAAUUGAUGACCAAAUUGGGGUCGUAUUUGCAUGGGGAAUGUUUAUAAAAGAUUCGUAUUUACCUGGAUCAUUCACUUACGCUUAUGGAUUUUAUCAGUUAUUAUCAUUUCACAUGCCUUUGACGUUUCUUUUGGCAUAUAUGAUUGAUAGACGAUUUGAAGAAUUUGAAAAGACAUCUCGAAAAUCAUCAAAUAUAUUUUAUAUUUUUUGUAUAAAUUUACCAUUUUUAUUAUUAAUCAUGAUGCAAACCAGUAUGACAUAUUUCUUUUGGUUGGCUUAUGGAACCCUGGCAACUAUUUUGUGUCCUCUUAGAACUUGGAGUAUUAUUUUAGCACUCGUUUUAUGGUACCAAGUUUAUAGACUACCAAAUCAUUGUCUGAGAUCUGCAACAUUUGCAUGGUCAACUUCCAGAGAAUCAUCAGUAAAUAAAAAAUAAUAACUAUAGUAAUUUUUAAAAAUAGAAAAAGACUUACGCUUUACCAAAAAGUAAACGAUAAAAUUAUACCUAAUGCCGGAUAGUUAUAAAACUAUCUCAAGUUAAAGCCCAUUUGAUAAUUUAUUUACCAACUAUAAAUAUUUAUAGAAACAAAUUAAAUUUCCAUAUUUUUUUUUAGUAUAUUUAAAUAUAUAUAUAAUAAAUAUAUACCUAUAUUUCAAAUAUUUUUCUAAAUAUAUAUACAUAUAUGUAUAUAUAUAUAUAUAUAAUAUUCCUCCAUAUACUUCAUCCUAGAACUGACUACGAAUUUUAUUAGAUAAUUAUUGAGAGAUAUUAAUUUGUAAUAUUAUUGUGAUAUAUCUAUACAAUCGAAGUUAUUUAUUUAUUAUUACUAUUAUAUUACUGAAAUUAAUUAUCGACUAUCUCAAUUAAGAACAU